AUGGUGCGAUUAGAGCUCGGCGCAGCGGUGCCCGAGGCGCGCGAGGCAGCGGACGACGUCCUGGAGCGACCUCCGGAGACGGAGGUCCACGAGGAGUGUGCCAUUUGCUUCGAGCCUGGCACCUUCGUAGACCUUCCCUGCUCGUGUGCCAUCAAAUAUUGCACCAGCUGUUGGGAUCGAGCCUUAGCAACCUCCGUGACCGUCCGCGGCCGGGCGCAGUGCCCCUCCUGCCGAUCGGCCUUCAAGGUGGACUUCGACACCGAGAGUAGCAGCCUGGUUUUCUCCAAAGAUCCUCAAGGCACCGCCGCCUGUGAUUGGAGAAGCCAACUUUAUGAAAAGGUUCGACACGUGCAGAUUCGACUUCUUCAGGGCUAUGGCAACGCCACCACGGCGCAGUCGUCAUCUCCCAGUUGCGGACGGUGGGAUGCGAUUCCCCAUUGCGUCUGCGGUGCCGAGCUGGAGCACAUCAGCAGCCGCUCCCGGAUUCUGCGGUUCUUGGAGGACAUGGACUCCUCUUGGCGCCACCGCAUCGCCGACAACAUGGUCGAGCGGCUCCUGGAUAGCUCUUUGGUCACUUGCGACCUGUGCGACAAAGUAGCUAUUCGACGCUUGGCAUGGGGAGAUCGCUCGCGGCAACAGUCCCGAAGCGGCUAG